AUGAGGAAAAGACCAGCUGAUGGUCGUCAAAUAUAUCCAGGUGAAGAGCUUCGAAAAAAUUCGAAUUUCAUCGUAAAGCGUUUCAACGGAAAAGUUGAUGAAAAGGUGGUUGCUGUAUUAAUUGAUACCAAAGAAGUCAGCAAUAAAGAACUUCAAAAGAAUCGAGAUGAGAAGAAAGAGAAGAAUUUGCAUAAUCCUGGAACUAGACAAGAGCGCUUAACUGAGGAUGGUGAUGAGGAUGAAGCGGUUCCAAACAGUGAAUCUCCAACAAAAAGAAUGCAUCGCUUGUACUAUAUACAUUACAUCGGAAUGGACAGAAGAAUGGAUGAAUGGGUUGAGCGAGAACGGUUUGUUGAGUUUGCUCCUGCUGGAGCCGAAAUCUUACCCCCACCCAAGAUAAACCCUGGUGUUAAUGACGCUAACCAACAAGGAACUAUAACGAGAAGCCAAAGGCGGAUACACGAAGAAUUCCAUCAUGUUCAAAAGUCAUAUGAUGAUAUGGAUGCCUUUACUGCUAAGUUAGAAAAAGAGCAUGAAGAGAGAACGAAAGUUAAGAAUAUCCAACAGAUCAUACUCGGUAGCUAUGAGAUAUCAACAUGGUACUUUUCCCCAUUUCCUGAAGAUUGUGCAGGAGAAAGACUAUACAUAUGUGAGUACUGUCUAGUCUACACACCAGACCAGAAUCAGUAUCUGUGUCAUAAGAAGCAUACAUGUAAAACUCGUCAACCCCCUGGCGAUGAAAUAUACCGAAGCGGUAAAGUUUCUGUUUUUGAGAUUGACGGAAGAAUGAACAAAGUUUAUUGUCAAUGUUUAUGUUUGUUAUCUAAACUGUUCAUGGAUCAUAAGACACUGUACUACGAUGUCGACACUUUCCUCUUCUAUGUUCUGUGUGAGGUUGAUGAGUAUGGAGCGCAUAUUGUUGGACAUUUCUCAAAAGAGAGAAUGUCCGAAAACAACUUGGCCUGCAUAAUGAUACUACCUCCAUAUCAAAGAAAAGGAUAUGGAAAGCUUCUGAUUCAACUAAGUUAUGAACUAUCGAAACGUGAAGGAUGGAUAGGCACACCAGAGAAACCUCUGUCCGAUCUGGGUAAAGUAAGCUACAGAAGCUACUGGUGGUGGCGUUUACUUGAAGUCAUGGACAAACUGGAAAAUGUGGAAGAUAUAACUGCCAGAGAACUAUCCAUCCAUUCCGGAAUCAGUGAGCCGGAUAUAGUUUCCACUCUACAAACGAUGCAGAUGGUGAAAUACUGGAAAGGUUCAAAUGAAUAUGUUGUUCGCGUUCAUAGACGAAUUAUCGAUCACUGUAAAUCACUUAAUAUGGCUCGCGCGCCUAAACUUUUACUCGAUCCAACUUGCAUGAGAUGGUCACCUGUAGUAACUCGUUCUUCCCCUCUAGGAAGCCAAGAUUAA